AUGUUGGCUGGUAAAUGGACAAAGCUUGCCUCCCUGGUAGCUCUGCUGCCAACAGUGUCGUUCGCUUUUCCGAGCUCGCGCGACUUUGACCUCGAGUCUUCCUCGCUGUUCACCCGCGACUACAUUCCGCCUGACGUCGACCGCAGCUCGCCAUACCCCUUCUCGCCGACCCGCAAGCCAGACUCGUCGCGUUGGCCAAAGGGACUGCACUUUGCGGUCGACUACUAUCCCGCGCAAUGGCCCGAGUUCCUCUGGGCGGACGACGCUGCCAGGAUGGCCAACGCCACCCUGUCGUAUGCACGAAUUAGCGAGUUCGACUGGGCCAUCCUUGAGCCGACGGACGGCACCUACGACUGGUCAACUCUCGACCAGUCCAUCGAUGCGCUCUACAAGCAGGGUGUCAAGGUGAUCCUCGGCACUCCUACCGCCACACCUCCCAUCUGGGCGGUGAAGAACUACGACAUCCUCGGCGCAGACGCUCAGGGUCGUCAGCGUAAGUUCGGCUCUCGACGCCACUACUCGACCUCCUCCCCGGACUACCGCAUGCUGUCCAAGCGCUUCGUCACCGCCAUGGCGCAGCGAUACGGCCGCCACGAGGCGGUCGCAGCUUGGCAGAUCGACAACGAGCUCGGCUGCCACAGCACCGUCCGAACCUACGACAACAACGCCCGCACUCGCUACCAGCAGUGGCUCGCCGAUAAGUACAACAACAACAUCACACAAUACAACCAGGCGGAAGGUCGAGUCUUCUGGUCUUCGACCUACCAGUCGUUCGACCAGAUCGACGUACCCAUGCUCGAAGUGACCGAGAGCAGCCCUGCCGGUCGUCUCGACUUCUACCACUUUUCGUCCGAUAUGACGAUCGAAUAUGCCAAAGACCAGGUGGACAUCAUCCGCAGUCACUCGGACAAGGCGAUCACGACCAACUUCAUGGGCGCCUUUCUCGACUUUGAUCACUUCAAAUUGGCUCGUGAGACCGGACUGGAUCUUGCCACAUGGGACUCAUACCCGUUGGGCAACACCGAGCAGUUUGCGUGGAUCUCGGAUUCGGACAAGAUCAAGUACGGUCGAACGGGCACCCCUGAUUUCCAGGCGCUUCAUCACGAUCUCUACCGAGGUGUCGCCGGUGCAGCGUACAACAAGACCGCGGGUCCAUUCGGGAUCAUGGAACAGCAACCUGGACCGGUGAAUUGGGCACCGUACAACCCGUCGCCUAAACUAGGAAUGGUCCGUCUCUGGCAGCACGAGACCUUCGCACAUGGCGGAAGCAUGAACAACAUCUUCCGCUGGCGCGAGGUGCCGUAUGCGCAGGAACAGAUGCAUGCUGCCAUGCUGCGUCGCGACAAUGUGCCCGAUCAUGCGUAUAUCGAGCAGCAGCAGGUGGUGAAGGAAGACUUGCCCAAGAUGGCGAGUUUGUUCGGGGGAAACACCACCAAGCGGUGCGUCGCGGACAACGCCCCUGUGCAGACACAGACAGAGGGGCAGGCGCAGGUGGCGCUCGUGUUCGAUUAUGCGGUGCAGUGGUUGAUGGAGGCCGAACCGCAGUCGGGGACGUGGACGACGGAUAUGGAAGGUUUCGAGGACCCCAGCAUGCAGUACUUCCCGCUCGUCUUCAACUGGUACUCUGCACUGCGUCGAUUGGGUCUCAACAUCGAUGUCGUUGGCCCAUCGACCUCGUUGGAGGGAUACAAAAUGGUGGUUGUACCCAGCAUGCCUAUUCUCAGCGACGAGUUCGUUCACACAUGGUCGAACUUCAAAGGUCUCACAGUCUUCGGUCCACGUUCAGCAUCCAAAGUGGCGGCCCUGGCCAUCCCCGAUGGUCUCCCACCUAGCAACGGUCCCGUUCGCGACGUUCUUCCCAUGAAAGUCACCCGCGUCGAGACGAUCAAAGACGGCUUUGGCGAUCAGAUCUCUUACGCUGGUCAACAGUACAACGUCUCUGGCUGGGUCGAGUGGAUCGAAUGCUCGCGCGACAACAAGACGUCCUCCAUCUCGCUCGACGACUCGGCCACCUACUAUGGCUAUCGAAACGGCACCGCUGCGACCUGCGGCAAUGUGGAUGGCGACAAGCAGACGCACUACGUGUCGGCGUAUACGCCCGUCGAGUUCCUCGUGUCGUACCUCGGCGAUCUGGCGGGUAAGGCGAACGUGACGAACGUGCUCGGACAGACGCCCAGUGGAAGCAAGACGGAUCUGGGAACGGAUUUGAGGUUCAGAAGGAACGGGAAUGCGUUGUGGGCAUUUAACUAUGGACCGGAUGAGAUUGAGCUUCCUGCCGCUCCGCAGGGGGCGACGCUGCUUGUUGGUGGGGAGGACGGAAAGAUCGGCGCGACUGGUGUGGCCGUUUGGAGCCUCGCGUGA